UCCAGCUGAUGAACAAGGGCCAAAGGCAGACCUAGAGGCCAGCGCUCUCCGCUCCCCCACCCACCUCCCUGCUUCCCACACAGCCCUCUGGGACUGGCAUAGUGUCUGGAGGCGGUCCAGCAACCUGAUGUGCAUGCCACAGCCCGUCCCUCUCCCCACACAGAGCUGCAGUAAUCCUGAGGUUCGGAGAGCCGGCUGAAGGGACAGUCUCGGCACAGGAACCGUGACACACAGAGCAAAGGCCACUGAGCGAGUUCCAACCCCCUUGUGAGCAAGCGGAGUGAGGAGAGCCCCCAGCCUGCCGGUUCUUCAGUCCUGAGAGUUCCACCACCGGUUGCCGCUGAGCCAUGGCUGAAGGAGAAAUCACCACCUUCACAGCCCUGACCGAGAGGUUUGAUCUGCCUGCAGGAAACUACAAGAAACCCAAACUUCUCUACUGCAGCAACGGGGGCCACUUCUUGAGGAUCCUUCCAGAUGGGACAGUGGAUGGGACAAGGGACAGAAGUGACCAGCACAUUCAGCUGCAGCUGAGUGCGGAAAGCGCGGGCGAAGUGUAUAUAAAGGGUACGGAGACUGGCCAGUACUUGGCCAUGGACACGGACGGGCUUUUAUACGGCUCACAGACACCAGAUGAGGAAUGCCUGUUCCUAGAAAGGCUGGAAGAAAACCAUUAUAACACUUACACAUCCAAGAAGCACGCAGAGAAGAACUGGUUUGUGGGCCUCAAGAAGAACGGGAGCUGCAAGCGCGGUCCUCGGACUCACUAUGGCCAGAAAGCAAUCUUGUUUCUCCCCCUGCCAGUAUCUUCUGACUAGGGGGAUCUGCCUGGGUGCUCCCUAUCUUGGUUGACCCUAAAAUGUUCCCUUGACCAUUGGCUGCGCUAACCCCCAGCCCACAGAGCCUGAAUUCGUAAGCAGUGCUUCUAAAUUGCCAGCUCACUUUUCUGCUGAGCCCUUCCCCUGCCAGCACAGUUUGGAACAGAAGGACCAAGUUGCUUCUAUGGGGCCAACUGGCUGGUCAGUCUAGGUCUUGGUUGCCUCCGGGCACCUGCCGCAAGCUGCACCUCAGGACGCAAAGAUGGGGCCAUGUGAAGCCUCCAGAGGGAUCUGAGAAGUUGGUCCUUAGCAGUUCCAUGCUCUUUUCCCCUACUGAGAAAGCCCUGGUUUGACUACCCCAGGCACCUAACAGGUCUACCCUUCCCCCACCAGCACCCUACAAAUAUUAGCAAAGAAACCGAUAGUGAAACUGGAGGAAUUCUAUGAUGGAGACAGAAAUCCUCCUCCCACACCCCCUCCCCCUUGCACAGAUGGCACUUAAAACCAAAAGGGAGUGGCAUUUCCGCGGACAGCCUAGAAGCAUGGGAUCUCAGCAUAGCAUAUAAGAAGGCUCAUCCCAGCAGUUGGUGUUACCAAGGAAACCUCUACAGUCAGGGGAUGAACCCCGGAAAUGGUUUCUUGAUAACAGCAAGCACAAUGAUCUAGGGUUAAGAGAGUAGGUGUAGGAGCGGUGAGGAGAGAAGGGUGUCUCAGCUGUGGAUGCUAGCCUCUAAAACGGGGAGAUUCUAAACACAAGGAGAGAAAGAGAAAGCAAAGCCAUGGCAUGGUGUACUUCGUCACCAAGAAACUUUGAGGUCCCAGGAUGAUACUCCCAAAAUCGUACAUGCAUACAGAUCACCUGAGGAUUUGGUUUGGAUAUGAAAGCUGAUUUGACAGGGCUGGUGAGGGAGCGCUGUGUUCGGAAAGGGCUCCCAGGUCCUGUAGAUGUUGUUGGCUUCCCCAUCACACUUUCAAGAGCAGAAGCUGCUAUUCAGACGAAGGUUCCUCGAACCUCACCCUCCUCUGCCUCCACCUGGGUCUCCCUGAACAUUCAGGCAGUGUCCAUGGUAGUUAAGCAUGGUUUUAAGGCACUUUGGCCCAGGGCCUAUAAAAUGCCCACUUAGAAGACAUAAAGAAAGCAUACCUCAAAAAAAAAAAAUGUUAAACCUCACCAAUAGUCUUUCCCAAGAGACCAUU